AUGUGUACCGGAAUGGACCCGAGCCAUUAUUGCCUAGGGGACGCUUCAAAAGAAAUCCGACUGUUCGACCUUGUUUCCGCAAAUGAACAAGAACCUGCGCAAGGACGCAUCCGCCGCGCGAUAAUUGGUGAUGCGCCUCCGUUUGCGGCUGUGUCCCACGUCUGGGGCGACAAGAGCCGCGAUCGAAGCAUCCGUCUUGAAUCAGACUCGUCGGCCUUGAUUCGACUACUCUCCCUCAGAUAUGGUUGGUUGAAAGGGUCAAGGCUGCCUUUGUGGGUUGACAUGAUUUGCAUCAACCAGAUGGAUGUGGCUGAAAAGGCGUUGCAAAUUCCCCUCAUGCGGGAAAUUUAUUCUCAAGCCAGUUCAGUUAUCAUUUGGAUCAACGAGAAAGACAAUCGAAUUGGCCAAGCUUUUCGCUAUCUUCGCCACCUCAUUGCAAAUAAAACGACGACCGAGACUGCAGACAUAUGGCCGCUCUUUGAUCCCGAUGGAUGGGAAGGCCUGAAGUAUCUUCUGGACUGCAGUUGGUUUCAUCGGCGAUGGGUCCUCCAAGAGUUUGCGGUGUCAAAAGAUGCCGCUUUUCUUUGCGGCUCAGACGUAAUGUCAAUCGACGAUCUGUUCAGUGGCAUCGAUAUGGCCGCAAGUGUACUGAUAGCACGGCCUAGGAAGUUCAAGAUACUCCAUCCUGCACACACGGGGUCGCUGAGGCCGGCACCUGCUUUGAGGGAACUAAGGAAGCAUUAUGCCGAGCCCGAUUAUCAUGUUUAUUCCUUGCUCGGUCUGUGCAGCUCUGAAGAGGUUGCUGGCAACCCAAUCCGAUAUGAUCUCGAGCCGGAAGAGGUGUACAAGACUUUUGUUGCAACUCAUGCGCGACUGUAUAACAACUUGGAGUUUCUUGGGCUUUGUACAGCGGCUCAACGUGAUUCUGUGUGCUCAGGCUCGAUGGAUAAGUCGGUAUCUCGCCUAUUUGCUGGUCCCUCGUGGGUGCCUAACUGGCAUUCAGAACGUCUUCAGCGCUGCUUGGGGCUGAAUGAUUAUGGUACUAACCUCAAGUUUUUCAACGCUUCGGACAGGGUCCCCAUGGCUGCGCUAUUUCGACACAACGAGUUGGAAGUUUCGGGUGUUCGGCUUGAUCGAAUCUUGAGUAUCGGCCGCUUCUGUCGUCUCGAGCGACGCCACGAGUUGACAGAUCCUAAUUCCAGACUGUUUCAAGAGUAUUUCGAUUUCUGGACGAGGGUAGCCGCGGCUGAAAGAAUCAUGCCAUAUAGAGACAAAAAGCAUCUGGCCGAGACCAUUGCCCGUACUCUGAGUCUUCUCGGCAUAUACCUGAACCCAAUGCCUCUGUUAGCGGACAUUCCAGACAUGUUCUGUCGAUGGUGUAGGGGCUCGAAUUUGGGCAGACAGCUAACAGAAUAUGGACUCAAGCCCAAGAAUGCUACCAACCUAGAGGGAGAAAGGGUCUUUAUGGGGAUGAGGCGUCUGACGGCCUGGGAGCCGUUCAUCACUGAAAGCGGCUACAUUGGCCUUGCUCGAGGGAACAGCCGUGUGGGUGACGAGAUUUGGCUGGUUGGUGGUUGCAGCGUGCCUCUGCUCUUGUCUCCGCAGACAGGGGAUUCGGUCGGCUUUAAGGUCAAUGGCGAAGUCUUUUUCGACGGCUUCAUGUUUGGAGAGGCAAUGAGGAUGGACGAGUUUGGGGAUACUUCUGUGCAACAGAUCACUUUAGUAUGA